AUGUCGUCAACAGACCACGGAGGCUGGAAAGCCUAUGAAUACAACCCCUCCAUGGCAGCAGCUGUCAUCUUCAUCAUCCUCUACAUCGUCGUGACUGCCCUCCACACCUACAACCUCUUCCGAACCCGAACAUGGUUCUUCAUCCCCCUCGUGCUCGGAGGAUACUUCGAAAUUAUCGGCUACAUAGGACGAGCACUGUCCGCACAGGAGUCCCCAGACUGGACCCUCGGCCCGUACAUUAUGCAAAGCACGCUGCUACUCAUUGCGCCCGCGCUGUUCGCUGCUAGUAUUUAUAUGGAACUGGGGAGGGUUAUUCGUCUGGUUAAGGGCCAGAAUUUUGCUUUGAUUCGGGUGAACUGGAUGACCAAGAUCUUCGUGGCGGGUGAUGUUCUGAGUUUCUUGAUGCAGGCGUCUGGUAAGUCCUAUCUUUCUGAACAGAAGUCACAAGCUGACAACACUGUAGGAGCUGGAAUCUUGGCAAAAGGCUCGCAAGACAUCGGAAACAACGUCAUCAUCGGCGGUCUCAUCGUCCAGAUUCUCUUCUUCGGCUUCUUCGUGAUCUGCUCCAUCAUCUUCCAGGCUCGAAUCACCUCCCAUCCCACCGCAGAGUCCGUGGCCGAUUGUGUCCCCUGGAAGAAGCACCUGUACGCCCUGUAUGCGACGAGUAUCUUGAUUCUCAUCCGGUCGAUUUUCCGUGUUGCCGAGUAUGUCCAGGGGAGUGACGGUUAUCUUCUUUCGACGGAGGUGUUCAUCUAUAUCUUUGAUUCCACGCUGAUGUUCCUUGUGAUGUUGGUGUUUGUUAUUAUUCAUCCGAGUGAGAUUAACUGUCUCCUGGGACGUGGGCGGAAGAUGACGACGAAAGGUGGAUUGAAGCUCAACGAGGUUUCCUCGUUGCCCCUAUAG